AUGACGACGAAAUCAUCGUUACGUUCCGUUGCUUUUGCAGCAGUCGUAUUUUCAACGGUAGCCGUGACAGCGUGUAUUUUCACGUUUCCUAUGGUUUUCUAUUAUGUUCAAACAUUACAAGCAACCGUACAGAGUGAAGUAGAGUAUUGCAAAUCACGUUCACGUGAUAUGUGGAAAGAGAUGGUGGAGAUGGGACCGGAAAGUGAUAAUGAACCGCUUGAUAUCCUGGUUCGUGCUACUCGUCAAACUGAAGCUCAAUGCUGCACAUGCCAGCAAGGACCACCUGGACCAGAUGGACCACCAGGUAUACCGGGAAGAGACGGUGCUCCAGGUGAAGGACCUGGAGCGCCCGGACCACCAGGUCCAGAUGCUGAUCUCCAUGAUCGGUUGCUUCCAGUACCUCCACAAUGUCCAUGCCAAGCUGCACCUGGACCUGCUGGACCGCCUGGAUCACCUGGACCUGAUGGACAACCUGGAAGCCCUGGACCAAAUGGUGAUGAUGGAGCACCAGGUCCCCCGGGACCACCAGGACCGCCAGGUGCGCCUGGUCAAAAUGGACAACCCGGACAACGUGGACCACCAGGUGAACCUGGACAACUCAUUCCGGGCGAACGACCACCACCAGGACCUCCUGGACAACCAGGACGACCAGGUCCACCAGGACAACCUGGCAGGCCUGGACCACCAGGCAGAGAUGGUGAGAAUGGAGCACCCGGUGGCCCAGGAGAGCCAGGACCACGUGGUCCACCAGGUCCAACUGGACAACCGGGAUCACCAGGUGAGCAAGGUCAACCAGGUGCACCAGGAAGCUGUGAUCAUUGUCCACCAGCACGUCUUGCUCCCGGUUAUUAA